AUGGUAGCAGGAACAGAGGGAUUUUAUGCCGUCAUUAUCGUCUGUCUCGUUGCUUUUCUUUCAUUAUCAGCAUGUCUCGGUCUUCGUAUUUUAAGGCGUAUGAAAUCUAAAGGUGAUCAAGAGCCACUGUCUACAUUGGCGCGCAAUGAUUGGCAGCCAUUACAAUCUGUUGCUGUCGAUAGAGUAGUGGAUGAUCGAACAUUGCAAGCUGUAUAUAAAUGGCAAUCCAAAUACCCUCCCAAUACAACACACUAUAUAGACGUAACAAAGCAACCUGAAGUCAUUGAUAAAGGGGUUUUAGCUUGGAGAUUCAUUGAAACACCUACCACCGCUGAUUCCGAAGAAGAAAGUAAUGCAGCCAUCAUGGACGAUCCCUCCAGUAUCGUAUUUUGUCAGGGACAAGGCAGCAUCAUGGCCAAUCUACCUGUGCCCAUGCAAGAAUUCAGUUAUUGGGAAGUCAAAGUGCUGCAAUUGAGCGAUCAAGAUACACUGGCUAUUGGAUUUGCCACCAAACCCUAUCCUCGCUGGAGAAUACCAGGAUGGCACCGACAUUCGAUCGCUUAUCACUCCAAUUCAGGCACCGUGUUUGCCAGUGAUCCGUCCUUUGGCAGGUCGUAUGGACCUGCUGUGAAGGAAGGCGAUGUUGUUGGUGUAGGUUACUUGUACCAAAGUGGUACUGUAUUCUUCACUCGCAAUGGACAGAAUCUUGGAAAAGCAUCGAUUGGAUUCAAGUAUCCCGUGCAUCCCGUUAUUGGAUCCAUAGGGCCUUGCAAUGUCUCUGUCAACUUUGGACAUGAGGACUUUUUGUUUGGUGCUGCAAACCAAAGAGAAGCAGCGUUUGCACCAAGACGUACAUCAGCACCUCCACCUGCUUACGGCGGACACACAGACGAUGUGCUGUUUGAUGACGAGCAUCCUACAGCCCAGCAUUUGAACUACAUAGACCGUCCUACAUUAACCCCCCCACCUCCAUCGUAUUCGUGA